AUGGCAAGGUGGCGGCCGCAACUGGCCGAGGGCUGGCUGACGUCAGGGGGCGGGGUCUGGGCAUUAAUUGGGGCGGCAGGGGGCCGUUUGGCCUCUCUACGCGCAGGGCUGUGGUUGAGUCGGGCCGUGAGCCGGUGCGUUUUGGAAACCCGGCCCCCGGGGAAGCGGUGGCUGGUGGCCGGCCUGGGGAACCCUGGACUGCCCGGCACGCGGCACAGCGUGGGCAUGGCGGUGCUGGGGCAUCUGGCGCGGCGGCUACGUGUGGCGGAGAGCUGGGCGCGCGACCGGCGCUGUGCCGCCGACCUCGCCCUGGCUUCGCUCGGGGAUGCCCAGCUGGUCCUUCUCUGGCCACGGCGGCUCAUGAACGUCUACGGGCGCAGCGUGGCCCGGGCCACGGAGCUGUCUGGACUGACUGCUGAGGAGGUCUGCCUGGUGCACAAUGAGCUCCACAAGCCGCUGGGGAAACUGGCUCUGAAGUUGGGAGGAAGUGGCCGGGGCCACAGUGGAGUCCGUUCCUGUAUUAGCUGCCUUGACUCUAACUUGUGUCCUGCACUGGGUCGGGCAAUGCCACGGCUACGGGUGGGCAUCGGGCGCCCAACACACCCGGACACAGUGCAGGGCUACAUGCUGGGCCACUUCACCCCUGCUGAGCGGGAGCUGCUGCCUCCAUUGCUGAGCGCCACCGACCUGCUCCUGGACCGCAUCCGUGAGCGAAGCCAGAGGCCUUUGUCCAGCCCCUGACGCCAGUGGACUUGGCUGCUUGCCUGACUGUCGCGCCCACACACCCAGCCACGUCCACAGAGGUGCCACGCCAACCUGUGCUAUCUGUUUUUUAUAUAACUCUUCUCUGGGCUGCCCCAGGCUGCCUGUGGACAGAAGCGGGAACUGUGGCCGGAACAGUCCAUUUUGGGGAUAGGAGGUUGGUCUUCUCUCUGUGUCCUACUUAGAACGUAGGGAAACUUCAGGAAGACUAAACUUUUUGAACCUUUUUGGAGAACCGGAGGUACGGAUCUGUAAGAAUAAAGAUGCCAGCUUGGAAGCUGAGGCCUACUCGGGGGGUUCCCACCUCUCCCCUGCCGGUGGAGGAGGGGGCCACAGGGCCCAGCAAGCCCCCCUCCCAGGGGAUGUGUGGCCAUGUCUUAGCCCACUGAGGGCUUGCCACACCUUUCUUCAGCCCAUUUAACAGAUGAGGAAAUGGAGGCUUAGAGAGGUCCAGCCACCUCCCCAGGGCCACACAGCUGCAGUGUGGCAGAGCCAUGAUCUGCACCCAGGGCUGGCUGCCAUCCUGCUGUCCCCAGGGCCCCUGGCACCGUCACCUCAGGGCUGCUGUGAGCCCAUAAGUUUCCCACACGGGUGGUAUGUGAGAGCAGCCUGAGGUCCUCAGGGUCGGGUGGGAUGUGUAUCCGUCGAGGCACCAGGCCCAGGUCCCCUAGCUGGUAGGGUGUGACACUGGACAGCCGCUGCAGCAGAGGCCCUGUCUUGAGUGGCUGGGUGUUGCACCGCCUGUGGGGGCAGGGCCGGUGUCAUCACCUCCAUUUCAUAGAUGAGGAAGCUGAGAUUCAGACAGGCUCCGGGGUGCCAGGUUUCGGGCCCAGGCUCAGCUGAGGACAGCCCUUGGACAAGUCCCGUGGCUCCUUGCUCUGAGCUCACACAGGGUCACUCACUC